ACCAGCCAGUUGGGCAUUUGUGUCUGCAUCCCCUUUGUGUGCAAUAUAUAUAUAUAUUGCAUUUUUAUGCCAACCAGUUACCUUGGAUUUGGUGGGAGCAAGACGUGCAUUUAUUUGUUCAACGGCGGGAAACUCCAUCUCAAUUGGGAAUGUACCAAGGGACCCAAACUCUGCUUGUCGUGAUAGCAGUCGACAUCGAUGCCAUCUGGGUCUCAUUUUGUACAGUGGACGUUGUUGCUCCAAUUACAUUCACUCAAGUGAUCACUUAUUCCACUGCGGAGAGUGUUGGUGGCAUUUCAAGUUUAUCGAAGAUCCCUUUGUUUGCAAUCCACAUUGUAUCCAUGCUCCCUUUGGAUUAGGAGGCCAGGGCCUCCUCGGGAAGACUUUUCCCAGUCACCUGCCUCGGGUUUGACUUGUUUGAUUCUGUAGACCACAUGGAAGAUUGAAUUUCUCUGUACAUGCCAGUUGGAACUCGAGAAAGCUAAGUUGGAUGGAUGUUGCUGACACUUAACUCUGGACCAAGGACAGGAGCAUCUUGAUGGGAAAUGAAAUUAUGCAAUUACCUGGCAAUGCAACAAGUAUUCAGUUCUGUAUAGCAUGGAUCUGACGCAGAGUAGAAGGACAAGAAUUGGUUCUGAAAAAAAUGAUCAGAACUAGAGGAGUUGGAUGGAUGUCACUGAACUGUGAUGGUUUUGACAGUUUCCCUCGUGGUGUCUGUGUGGAGAAGACCACACACACUCCAUUACAACGACGGCUUUUGCUUGCGUUUUCCAGUGUUUCUUCUGUCAGAGAGUGCACCAGGCCUGUAACUCUUCGACUGCCAGCCCAGAGCUCAGCAGCGAAGAACACCCGUUGGAAAUGGUAAAAAUGACUAAAUCAAAAACCUUCCAGGCUUACCUGCCAAACUGUCACCGGACAUACAGCUGCAUCCAUUGUCGAGCUCACCUAGCGAAUCAUGACGAGCUAAUUUCCAAGUCGUUCCAAGGCAGCCAGGGACGUGCAUACCUGUUCAACUCCGUGGUGAAUGUGGGCUGUGGCCCUGCUGAAGAGAGAGUGCUGCUGACGGGAUUGCACGCUGUAGCAGACAUCUACUGUGAAAAUUGCAAAACUACUCUGGGAUGGAAAUACGAACAUGCCUUUGAGAGCAGUCAGAAGUACAAAGAAGGAAAGUUCAUUAUUGAAUUGGCCCACAUGAUUAAAGACAAUGGAUGGGAGUGACCAGCAUGCUGUAGACCCCUGCUGCUGUUUUAAGACUGUAUGAGGCUGAUCUAAUGGACAGAAAAUGCUCUGCUCUGGGGCAGCUCUAAUAACAUUUGCUGACUUUUUAAAACCUUACAGCUGAACCAUUGAUGUCGCCUUCUUGUCAGCCCUUUGCUUUUUUAAAAAUCUGUCUAGAUUUGGUGUUCUCUCGUGUGAAACACUGUAAACAUCUAUAGAUGAAUUGUUUUUUUCCAAGCUCUUUACAGUUUGAGUGAGGGGGGAAAGAGUUGAUCUUUGGGGAGUAUAGCUUUAUAAAUGACUGUUCUGAACUUAGCUACCCCUCCCCUCCCUUUAAACUCCAUUGUGUAGCUCUCUUCUAUUGCUGUGCAUGCUUUUACACUAGACAACUGGAUUAGCUGAGCAGCAUAGAGAGGGUUGAGAAGGGAGUUUAUAUAUAUAUAUAUGUAUGUAUAUACAUAUGUAUAUUAAUGGGUAUGUGUAUAUAUUAUACAUCUACAUCUAAAUGUAGCAUUUUUAUUUUUAAGAGUUAUUUUGGGACUUGGGAUAAUCGCAAUGUUGUGACAUUAAGAUAGUUGAAUCCCAUUGGUUGCGAUUGACUCCUCUUUUACUUCCAAACUGUGGCUAGGUGCCCAGUAGGCAUCAAUCUGGCAUUCAGCAACUGCAACGUUGAUGGGAAUGGUUGGGGAGAAAGGGGAACCACUGAAAUUGAUAAUAAGGACACAUGUGGCUGGUUCCAUGUAUAGCCGUACACUAAUGCACUGGACAAAACCGGGCGCAAAAAGAGAGGUCUUCUGGAUGUGAUAUCCAUUUUCUGUGUAGAGCUGGGCUCCCGGUCUGUGGACCGUUACGACUUAAUGGAACGCAGGAAGUUCCUUUGCACAUGCCGGGGAAAUGGGGAUUCAUUGCACAGACGCACAACCAAAACUUUGGUUUUAUUCCUUUUUAAGAAUUAUACAUUUUUAUUUCUGCAUUCUUCUGUUCUGAUCUUUGCUUCCUGCCACCUAGAUAUAUUUUUUUGGCGGAUGGCCAUUCCCUGUUCUUGGAGUGUGGAUGGUUUUUGGGUGCAAUGGUUUGCUGGUUAAAUCAUUUUCUUUGUUUUGUGGGUGCGCUCACUACAUACAAUAGUGCACUCUGCUGCUAAAAGUCUCGUGCAGUGUUAACAGGAAGAUCCAGCAGAAAUUCUGCUUUUCUGUAUUUUUUAUUCCCUAACUUUUUUUAGAAAGAAAGGUGAUGUUACUAGUUUGAUUGCUCUUAUCUCCUUUUCAUUGUGUUCCUAUCACUGCUUUUUUUUUUUGUAACUUUUUUUUUGCCUGUGCUCUUGCUGUCAGAAUUCUCAUUCCCUGGUGGGGUGCAAUAAUUUGGAACUCUUUGGGAAUGGGCUCUGGUCACAUACAUACCGCUGAAGGAAGGAAAAAUGGGGCCAGUCUGGUUACUGAGCCGAUUUUCCAGCAGGGUCACACUAAAGAAAUACAAUACUUGAAGCAGACUACAGAUAGAAAAUCUUGUUAAACCAGUUUCCCUGCAUAUAUAUAUUAAAAAAAAAAACCUUUUUUGUACAUUUAGAAGAAGAGAAAACAUAUUUAAGGUUUUAUACAUAUUUUUACUGGGUAAGUUGAUUUGCUUCCCCUACCUGAGCACUUUUGUUCUCUGGAACUUGUCUUUUGUUGCGAUAACACUUGCUGUCUCUUUGUAAGUUUUUUUUCUUACUUUUGAGAGAUUUCUUUUCAUUUUUUAACUUUUUUAAAAAAAAAUAAAUGAUUGUGGGGCUGGGUGGUGGGGGUGGAGGCAGCUCCUCUUGGACCAAUCAAACAGACCCAUGAGCUGGCCAAUCCCAAGAUACUUGUCUGUUGGUUUGACCUUCAGAGACUGGUUAACACUUUUUUUUCUUAAACUUUUCCUGAUUCAAAAAGAGAGCUGUCUGAUAUUUUUUCUUUAUGAUUUGAACUAUCUUGAGUUUAUUGGGGCUCUAGAAUUGUUAAUAAACAUCCAGAAUGUGAGCUUUGCUCUGAAGAGCAAUGGCCAGUGGUUGGUUGGUUGGUGCAAGGGUGAAGUGAGUACAAGCCAGUGUGCUCUUCUACAAGGAUGGCUGAUAAUAUUACAAGUUCUAAAGCUUGUUCUACAUUAGAAAAGUAAUGAUUUUUUUUGUGCCUGAAUUCUUUUAAUUUUUAGAAAUAAACUUUUUGAAUGCUUUCUACCCCCCUCCCCUAUAGCUAUUGGGACUAUACAUUGCUUUGCUGAUCUGUCUUGAAACUACAUCAACUUUGUGCAGCAACUCACUGUAUUGUACUGGAGUUAAAAUAAAGACUUUCACCAGGA